GCCCCGCCCCUCACUCGGCUUUCUAUUGUCUUGUCAACAGAGAGCCGCUACGCUACGCUACGAGUUAGCAAAGGCGUUAGCAUUAGCAGCCGGCCACGCUGGACCUUGCUCUCCGUGUUCGAGUGAGAAGACGCGAGAUCACACAUUGGCCGCCAGGGUUGUUGCUGCUGCUGCUUUGACUUCCCCGUCAAAGCAACCCCGGAGUUGGAAGGAUGUCGCGCGUUCUGUGAGGAAGCGGAGACCGCGCCGACGCCAAGCCACGAAUGGUGUGGACGUGCAGGACGAGAAAGACGUGCAGCGGCAGCAAUACCAGCAGCAAAAGCGUGUAGGGCGGAUGGACGCGCGCGUGGGUUGCCACCGCCCCCGCGUGCACGUUUAGCCACCCGGCCCAAUGGAGAAGAGGGACAGAAAGCCGGGAUACUUUGCCAGGCUGAAGAGGCGCAGGCAGCUCAAGCAGAGCCCGUCGGAGAAAAGCGGGAGCGAGCGCGGCGCGCCGGUCAUCGCCCCUCCGGACAUCCCGAACGACGGCGAGGCCGAGGCCGAGGCCGGCCCGCUCUCGCAUCCGGUCCCGCCGGCGGCUGGCGGCUUGAAAAGUAGUCCCAAGCCGGCCAAGAGGGAGAAGAGGAGGCCCCCGGGGACCGCCGAGUUCAUUGUGGGGCCCGAGGACUCCCUCAACAGCAUCGCCCUCAACUUCAACGUCACCCCCAACAAGCUGGUCCAGCUGAACAAGCUCUUCUGCCACAGCGUCUACCCCGGUCAGAAGCUCUUUGUCCCCGACGCGGGCCGGGCCGAUUUCAAUUGCCGCGACGCCUCCGAGCCGGCCCUCGCCGACGGCCCCUCUGCGGAGACCACCGCGGAAGACGGGCCAAAGCGCAGGUCGGCGCGGCCCCUCCGACGCCAGCUCUCCCCCAAUUCGGAGGACGAGAGCCCGGCGACGGUGAAAUUCAUCAAGAUGAGCUGCAAGUACUUCAGCGACGGCAUGGGAGUGGUGGGCGGCGUCCUGAUCGUGACGCCCAACAACAUCAUGUUCGACCCGCACAAGUCGGACCCGGUGGUGAUCGAGCACGGCUGCGAGGAGUACGGCCUCAUCUGCCCCAUGGAGGAGGUGCUGUCGGUGGCGCUCUACGACGACGUGUCGCGCAUGAAGCUGAAAGACGCGCUGCCCUCGCCCGGCGAGCGGGAGCCGGACCCCGAGCGGCCCGUGGUGCUGGACGACCUGCGCUCGGCCCUCCCGGAAACGGCUGGGAAGGCGCUCGGUCGCCCCGGUCCCGUCGCAGUCGCCGCGGAAGGAGAGCCGACCGAGCGAGCGGAUGACCGGGGCCUCGACCGAGAGUCGGCCCGAACGGCGCCGGCCCAAGAUGAGGGCUCCUCGGCACCCGAGCCGGCGGCCGAGGAGGACGGACGGAGCGAGAGCCGCGACGCCCUGGUGGGGUCCCGGCUGCUGGAGAGGAUUCGGGCUCCCAUCCCAGACAUGCUCCUCUCGUCCGAGGAGAGGAGUCGGACCCCCCCCAUGUUCCUGUGCUUCAAAGUGGGAAAGCCCAUGAGGAAAUCCUUUGCCGCCGGGACCACGCGCGGCCCGGCGCCUUCCUCGGGAAAGAAGGCGGAGUACUGGUUUGCCGUGCCGCAGGAGAGGGCCGACCACCUGUACGGCUUCUUCGUGCGCUGCUCUCCCGACGUGUACGGCAAGGAGGCCAGGGAGCAGGGCUUCGUGGCGGUGGAGAAGGACGAGCUGGACAUGAUCGACGACUUCUUUGGCGACCCCGCCUCCUGCAGCUGGGAGAUCAUCACCAUCGACGAGGCCAAGCGGAGGCGGAGUUUCGGCAGCGGCGAGGGCCAAGCGGCGGCGUGCGGGCUCCCGCCGUUGAGCGAGGCCAGCGACCUCCUGCAGGACACGCACGUGGAGAAGCUGGCCUGCCGCUUGCCGGCUCGCGUGCACGGUUACCCGUGGCGGCUCGCCUACAGCACGGGGAAACACGGCACGAGCCUCAAGACGCUCUACCGGAACCUGCUGGACGUGGACAGUCCGGUUCUGAUGGUCAUCAAAGAUGUGGACAACCGGAUCUUUGGAGCGUUCUCCACUCAUCCCUUCAGAAUCAGCGAGCACUGCUACGGCACCGGCGAGACCUUCCUCUACAGCUUCUGUCCCGAGAUCAAGGUGUACCGCUGGACGGGAGAGAACUCGUACUUUGUCAAAGGCAACGUUGACUCGCUGCAGAUGGGAGGAGGCAGCGGUCAGCUGGGCCUGUGGCUGGACGCCGGGCUGGACCGGGGCACCACCAGCAGGUGCGCCACCUUCGACAACCAGCCCCUCUCCGCCCGCCGGGACUUCAACGUCCACAGCCUGGAGGUGUGGAGCUUCCAGUAACUGCCGCGGACAUUGUCGGCCGGGGGCGGGGUCCAUCCCUGGACCCCGACCGGCGCUCCUGGCUUACCAGCAUGCACGCCGCCUCCGUGCGGAGCCCCGAAGCCCGAGCUUCAACCCCCGCUGAGCAAAGGGACGUAUUUGCACGCCUGCCUCCGCAAUGACCGUAUGGGGCCAAAGCCGCUUUUAAUGGCGAGAGAGGAGGAAAACUUGCAGCACGCUGGACCUUGGAAAACGCACGCGCUCAAACACUGUUCAGAGUAGGCCUCCCCAGGGGCACGGACACCAGUAGGAUUUCUUAGUGGCGCUCUCGCUCAAGACGCUUCUUGCUUCCAAAAAACAAAAGGCAACUGGGUUGCUUGUUCCUCCGGCAAGAACACGUUGCCGGCCCCGAUGGCCUCUUUGCCGUCCCGGUGAAGCGCAACUGGCCUCGGCUCGCCACACGACGACAAAGGAAGCGAAGAGGGGCUUUGCAAAAGCGUAUCGAGUUGAAGGAAACGGAAGGCGAAUGUUGUCACUUCCCCCUCAGAGCUGACAAAUUGUGCACUUGCGCUCCUCUUGGUGUGAGCGAGCCAGCCUGCCCAAUCACAUUUGCGCAUCAACGGGACCGUAACGCGGCUGCCGUUCCAUUCGCGGACCAAAUCGCUUUCAUUUCUUCCUUCAUAUUUUGGUUUUCAACACAUGUACUUUUUACUGAGAGUUUACUUUUUACCAACGAGCACGAUACAAAUGGUUCCCCCAUCCCGCUCCUGUUUAGAGAAGCGAUUCAUCGCCUUUGCACUUCCGACAGCUUUGAAAAGGCACGUGGAGUACAUCUGAAGAAACGCAAAAAGGGAGCCCGUCGUUUGUCGCUGCACUCUGACGUGCUGCUAGAAUUCAUCGUGUAUUUGAUAUGCUGCGCACUCAUCGGUACGGUCGCGUGCCAUCGUGAUGCCACUUGUGCGUCUUUUGCUUCUGUACUUGUUACUGUGAAGUCGUCUCAUUUCUUGUGAACCCCCAAAGCUGCUGCUGCUGCUGUCUUGUGUGAGUGAGGCUGAGGCUCUAUUAAUUCUGUCACGGCAACGACACUUGAACGGGAAUAAACGCAGUGUGGCUCUUUACUGCUCAUUUUGAA